ACAACAACAGAACAUCUCAUUUUCAGGGAUAUGCCAAGCACUUCUCCCAUAAUUAAGAACGAAAAAUAGCUAACUAGGUGCUUCCUAACCUUGGAUAUUCGUUGUGUUAUUAUAAUGGUGACUUUCCUGUCAUUAUUUUAGCUGUUAUUUAUUUUGGUUGAUGAUAGUGGACUAUUUUUGACGAUCAUCAUGCCGCAGAGUAUAGGGUCUUCAUCUAGGCUCUCUGGUAGCUCCGGUUCACGUCGCUAUCGCACCCGUGCACUCACCUCUCAUGUGGAUGAGAGCCUCUUUGGAACCCCAAAACAGGCUCUGUCAGCCUGCAAUGUCAAGGACACUGAGAGGGGUGGCCGGUUCGGACCCAGGGGCCAGUCCAGGUCUGCUCCAAGUCAGAAGACUCAGAACCUAGAGACAGUUCGCAUCAUCACAAAGGACCUCAUCCGAGACCUGAAGAUCCCAUGUAAGGAUCCGUCUGGGUUGUCUGUCAUCCUCCGCCCAACUGAUAUUGAGCGGAUCGCAACAGCUUCUCUGGUUUCAACCAAGGAGGAGCGGGAGUUCACAUUGGAAUCCCAGAGGAGGGAGAGAGAAGCAGCUAUGGAUGCUGCUGAGGAUAGGAAGGCCCAUAUCCGCCAGGCUGACCUGUCUCGUCAGAAGAACCAGGCCCUAAGUGAACUGGAGGCCGAGGCCAAGGAAAGAGCUCAGUAUCUGCUGGAGAGGGCCAACGCCAUGAGGAUGGAGCAGGAGGACGAGGUCAAGAAACUCAAUGAGUUGAUCCUGGGUGCCCGGUGCCACGCGGUGAGGGAUGCCCAGAUCCUGGAGAGGCAGCAGAUCCUGGCUGAGCUACAGGAGGAGGAGAGGCGUCUGGAUGCCAUGAUGGAGGUGGACCGCAGGAGAGCCCUGGAGGCCCAGGAGCAGAUCGACGAGCUGCGCAAACACCAGAGGAUCCAGGGAAAGCAGCUGAUUAUAAACCAGAUUGAGGAGCGUCUGGAGGACAGGAUGCUGCAGAAUGAGAUGAAGGAGCAGGAGGGCCAGCAGAUGCUGGAGAACCUGGAGAAGAUGCAGAUGGAGGAGCUGGAGGCUCUGGAGAGGAAGAAGGAGGAGCAGCAGCGUCUGCAGCAGGAGAUCCUCCGUAUCAACGAGGACAGCCUGCUGGCCAAGGAGCGCAACAAAGAGGAGGAGAGACUGGCCGACCUCCGGGCUAUGGAGUACACCCACAAGAAAAUGGAGCGGGAGGCUGAGUACGAGGCUGAACAGAGACGCAUCAAGAGAGAGAAGGAGAAGGACGUGGCCAGACUGCGAGCCCUACAGGAGAGAGAAAAAGACCACAAGGCAGAGCAGGAUGAGCUUCGAGCCAGGAGGAACCAGGAGGGAGCAGAGAGAGAUUGGAGGAGAAAAGAGAAGGAGCAGCUCAAGAAGAAGGUGGAUGUUGAGGAGAGGUUGAAGGCAGCUCGCUUGGAGCAGGUCACACAUAAGGAGCACCUCCUAUCCAUCGAGGCUGGGCGAGAGAGGGCUGAGUUUGACAGGGUUUUGAGGGCCCAGCAGGUAUCCAUCUGUAAGGAGAAGGACAAGGAGGAGAAACACAGGAUCAAGGUGUUGCGUCACGCUGACGGGGUGCGCCAGCAGGUGAGGGAGCGGGAGAUGCAGGCCAUCGCCCUGCGCAGGGAGGUCUACAAAGAGGGAGACCGGCUGGACGAGGAGGCCCGCCAUCGCCGCAUCCGCCUUGAUGAGAUCAAGGAGAAGAAGCUCAGGGAGCUCAAGGCUGCUGGACUUCCAGAGAAGUAUUGCAAUGAAGUGGAGAGAAGGGUGCAUGCUCUCCCUGCUCUGGCUCACUAGCAUGACUGACAGACUGCAACACAAACCCUGAUCUUUAUCAAAGAUUUCACAAUAGAGAUAAAUUGGCACUGCCAUCACACUUUGACAGGGUAGAGAGAAAAUAAUUAGUACAGGGUAUAAAUCUAGUGCAGCACCUUUGUGUUAGUGAUCAAUAGAUCAUUUCUGAAUAAAGAUGACUAUUACAAACUAUGAAUAUUUAUAAUUGUACUGUAGGCGUGACCUUAAGUAGUGCACAUUAACUAUUCAACUGAUCGAAGCUAAAAUAAAAUAUAUUGACUUAAAUGUGAUUUUAAAAUGUAUACUGUUUUGUUAGAUCAAUUAAUUGGACUGUGCCUAACAGAUUCCAGUCAUACAGGACCCAAUAUUAUUUUAUCUACAGGAUAUCAUUUUUAUUUAGUCUUUUAAAUGUCCCUUUCAGCAUGGCUUUUAUGACAAUGUUUAUUGUUAAUAUGCAUGAUAAUAGAAAGGUAUGUUCAGAGAUUAGGAUGACACUUUACACACACAGCUCAAAAGCACUUUGGGAAUACAUCAAGGUAAAUACAGGCUUUUAUUUCAGACCAUUCUCAACAAAUCACUAUGCUGUAGUACUGAGAUCUAAUUCUUCAUAAUAACCAUUGAAAUACAUAACCUACAGGAGUGUUACUGAUCUAAACAAGUUGACAUUAGGACACCAAAAGGAGCCUGUCCUCCCAUUCCUCUAUUUGUUCUCAGAGCCAAUCGCACUGACCGAACCAAACGGGACAGCGCUGUGGAGGACGACGAGUAGGAUCGCCACUUUUUUUUAAAUGAUCCUUCUUAUGUACACACAAAAAUAUGGUGACCUAGAACACCACAACACCUGGCAUACACAGACCUCAGCACAAGGAGGGUGAUGAGUAAAUACACAUGUACGGGUCUGCAGUCAGCCUUCGAUCGCCCCUGCAUAUACACAGACACAGUCUCACACACAAGCACUGUACACAGCAAAACAGGUCACCUAGAUUAAAAACACACUGAGUCAACAAAGGAGGACUAACAUCUACUGGGGUUGACUGAAGAGCCAGUAUAGGCCGAGGGGGAUUCAAAUUCUUAUUUAGAUCAUUAGAACACACACACACACACACUCAGAUACAUACGUCUAUGCAUUUAAAACUCCAUAAAGCUACACGCCUGUGCAGAAUAUACUAUUGUUACUUAGUGUUGCUAGCUAUAGUCAUUGAAGUGGCAAUAUAUGUUCAAAUAUUAUGUAACCUUUUUUCAGAAUAUACAAUAAUGAAAUGCAUUAUACAGACAAUAGACAAUGUAAACUGUUCACACGUUCAGUACAUCAAAAUUAAGAGUUUCUAUUAGUUUCUUCUCACGACAGUGCAAAUCAGAUGUUCCAACUACUUCAAAAAGGCUAACUGCUUCUUUCUAAGGUCCACUUAAAUACAUAACAUAAACCGGUUUUAAAAAAUCAUUAAAGGAAGUGUUCAGUAGUCAUAAAUAUGGAAUGUGGAAAACCAAGAAAAAAAGUUGUCCAAUUUCUGUUCAAAAACAAUACAAAUAAAAAAA